CACAAAUAGUGCAGACGAAUGGAACCCAGCCUCUUAGCAAAACAUGGGAGCUCAGCUUAUAUGAGUUACAGAGAACACCUCAGAAUUCCUCAAAUAUUGAAGUAAUGCUUGAAGUUUGGUGGACGACACACAUGUUAUUAAUAUUCAAAAAUGGCUCAGGUACAAAACCUGGCAAUUACAGACUAGUUAGCCUGAUACCUAUAACUGGGAAAAUUCCUUCAGGGCUUUCUAUGGGAUACAAGAACACAGAUAUAACACGGAGUAGUUACCAUGAUUUUAUAAGAGGCAAUCACAGAUGGCAUGGAGAUUGCAGUGUCACCCAGAAGUCUGCACAGUGAGCUGAUGUGUCCUAUUUGCCUAGACAUGCUGAAGAACACUAUGACAACCAAAGAGUGCCUACAUCGCUUCUGCGCUGAUUGCAUUGUUACUGCCCUCAGGAGUGGAAACAAAGAAUGUCCAACGUGUAGAAAGAAACUGGUCUCCAAGAGGUCGCUGCGGCCAGAUCCAAACUUUGAUGCGCUGAUCAGCAAAAUAUAUCCCAGUCGAGAUGAGUAUGAGGCACACCAAGAACGGGUGCUGGCCCGGAUCAGCAAACACCAUAACCAACAGGCCCUGAGCCACAGCAUUGAAGAGGGACUCAAAAUGCAAGCACUUAACAGAGCGCAGAGGGUGAGAAAACAUCAGGCUGAGAAUGGCAGUGGAGCAGAAGACAAUGGGGAUAGUUCACAUUGCAGUAAUGCCUCCACGCAUAGCAACCAGGAGGCAGGACCAAGUCAAAAACGUGCUAAGACGUCAGAUGAUUCGGGUCCAGACCUUGACACCACAAAUGAAAAUGGGACAGGUGAUCCUGAUCCAGUGACUGAUGGAACCAAUGAAAUUGAACUGGUCUUCAGGCCUCAUCCUACGCUAAUGGAGAAAGAUGAAACAGCACAGACCAGGCAGGUCACGGUUGGUGUCCAGAGGAUUGUGGGGCGCACACCGGUGUCGAGAAAGCGGUAUAUAAAAACAACAGGAAAUGCCACUGUUGACCAUCUGUCCAAGUACUUGGCUAUGAGAUUAGCCCUAGAAGAGCUCAGGAAAAAUGAAGAAGCGAAUCCAAUGAAUGUGGAAACAGUCAGUGAGAAGCAAUACACCAUUUACAUUGCAACGGUGAACGGCCAAUUCACUUUGCUGAAUGGUUCUUUUUCCCUGGAGCUCGUUAGUGAGAAAUACUGGAAGGUGAACAAACCUAUGGAACUAUAUUAUGCACCAACUAAGGAACACAAAUAGGCAUUGGCAUAAGAUCCGUGCCAAAUAAAUGAAGAACGUGCUUUUGAUGGUUGUGACAUAUUUGUCUUCCACACAACAGCAACCAGUAUCGUGAGAUGUUCCAUUGAAUAAAAACUUGUCACAUGUUCAGAUUUACAGAUCUGUGACUUCACAAAUUCACAACUGAAACAUCACAGGCUUGGGCAAGAGGACAGUGUCCCAAUGGAUUUUCUUAUCUGAUCAUGAUAUUGUGGAUACCACCUGGAAUUCAGGAAAUAGAAGUUUGUAGAGUGUUGCUUCUCAGUUUCUUGGCAUCACAGGCAGUAGAUAUGUGUUUUUUUGGUUGCUAUGAAUUUCUUGCAAACCUAUUGGCAAAGGCCUAAUUUCACAUUUAACAAACUUAUUUUUGUUGAAAAUAACAUUUUCUUGCACCCCUGUGUUCCCCCGAAAGUGUCAAUGGGAGGUGGAGUACGGUACAAUAGCAACCCUCCAACCCUCACUUAAGUGACCGUUCUUCGUAUGAGAAUAAGGGCAGUGAGUGUUGACGGGCUGGCAAUGGAAGAAAGUGAGAAUAUCCCAGAGUUCCUCCCUCUAACCCAAGGGGCUAAGGCUAAUUGUCACAGCCCAAGCUAUGCUCUGGCUGUGGAUUGAACCUGGGGCCAUGUUAUAUAGUGUAUUAAUCCACUAAGUUAUUGGGAGGGAAACUAAGUAUUUAAUUUGAAGGUAAGUGUCCUUUAAUGUUGCAAAGCUAUGGUUUUAAACAAACUUCUACUAUUCCAAAAUGAAGUGCUACAGGACACCAAGGCAUUGCAAACACAGAUAAAUAUAUUUUCAGUGUCUUUCUUUAAAAAAAAUCUUUUUUUCAUGAGUAUGGGUAUUUAUGUUGUCAAUCAAGUUCUGGUAGUUGUACCGUGAAACUAUACUGUACCUGGGCAUCUACUACUUAUUUGUACACUGUUACCAUCAAAUUGAAAUUAAAUAAUUCUGUUUCUUUGCUUGAA